CGCAGAAAUGGCUCUGGCUCGCCGACUCUGCCGUCUUCCUCCUCGCCUCCUCCCCCUCCCCCUCGCCGCCGCCGCCGCCUCCAAGCCCCACCUCCCCGGAAACCCUAGCCCCGCGCCUCCCCUCCCCUCCUUCACCUCCCCCCCGCCGCGGCCGGCGCCGCCGUCGUUCCCCUCUCUCCCCCGCCUCUUCUCCACCUCCUCCUCAGGCGAUUCCAGCAUGGUGGUCGUCGGAUCGGCGGAGUCCUUCACCAGCAUCCUCUCGAAGGUGGAAGCGGAGAAGCUCCCGGCCGUGUUCUACUACACCGCGGUAUGGUGCGGGCCUUGUAGGGCGAUGGCGCCUGUGAUUGCGAAACUGAGCAACCGGUACCCCAAGAUACCUAUUUACAAAGUUGACAUUGACCUAGAUGGUGUUGGAAGCAAACUGACUGAUCUAAAAAUAUACUCUGUGCCAACAUUCCAUUUCUACUACGAAGGUCGGAAGACAGAUGAGGUGGUUGGUGCUGAUAGGACCAAACUUGAAGCUACCAUGGAAAAUCUUCACAAGCAGCUAUAGUUCUGUGGAAGAAUAUGACCAUGCGAUGGCCAAAUGUUCCCAUAUGUGUUGCAUCGAGGAGGCCGUGCUACUAUUGAGACCUAUCAACGUGUGUUUGACAUUGAUAUUUGUGAACCUUCUGGUUGCUGCCCUAUUCAGAUAUUUUUAUCAUGCUCAGUACAUUGAUAUCUUUACUUAGCACAACUUUGUAUAGCAUGUGUCUAAUUUCCCGGAUCAACGUAAAAUUUCUGUUGGGGUAUUAUUACCCACUAAUUUCUGUAUUUUGUUGGGACAGACGUGAAGGAAUUAUGUGCUUGUGUCGAUACUUCAUCCGUUGCAAUGUAUUUGGGCCUUCGGUGUUUCUGGGCUCCUACUCUACCGAAUUUCAUUGUGUCUUGAGGCCUUA